UUCACAUGCAGCAAUCGUGCCUUAUUAACAAUCACGAGUUGCGCCAGCCCUGGUCGAUUAAUUGCGAGUCACCUCACUAGAAUCUGAACUAAAUAAUGUAAGUGAAGCUCGCAGCAAUAUGAGUUUCACACGACCUCUUAAACGUUUAUUGCAUGUGUCAACGCUUUGCAGCGCUAGAAAGCGUACACAUCCAUCGGCAGAUCGCAAUUCGCAGCCGAUAUCGGAGGCCCUGCUCUUGCAGGUGGAUAAGAAAACACCCAACUUGCGGCUGCUCGAGAUUGCGUCUGGUUCGGGUCAGCACGCUGGGUUUUUGGCGCCUUUGCUACCCAAUAUAAGUUUUCAAACUUCGGAAUAUUCCCGCCAGGAUUUCGACUCCAUUAACGCAUAUGCCGCGGACUGCGUCACGGGAAACAUUUGUCCGCCGCUCUUUGUUGACAUUUCGCAGGAGUUGCAUCUAUGGGAUGCGGACACAGUGAAGCAGGCGAAGCCUGCCAGCUACGAUUACAUGCUGAACUGCAACAUGAUGCACAUUAGCCCAUGGGCCUGCUCCGAGGGCCUGUUUCGUGCUGCCGGCCAGCUGCUAAAGGCUGGCGGCAAACUGUUCACCUAUGGACCCUAUGCCCAGGAUGGCCAGUUGACGCCCAAAAGCAAUGUAGACUUUGAUGCGGAUUUAAGGCGUCGCAACGCAUCUUGGGGCAUCAGGGAUAUCAGGGAUCUGAAGCAGUUGGCGGCUGUUAAUGGUUUGCAGUUGGACCGAGUGACCGAUAUGCCGUCCAACAAUAAAUUCCUGACCUGGCUUAAACUGUAAGCAAAUGCAAACUCUUAAUUAUGCAACAGAUCAGUCUAGUACAGAGCAGAAGUACCAGAUUCCUGUUCUUGUCCCUCUUAUUUGAAUGCUUCCAAGCUGUGCAUCGAUAUGCAAAUCUCUCGUUUAGAUUUUUGAUUAAUUCGGCACGCCGAAGGUCAAAUAUCAUUGCAGUCCCUUAACGUAAACAAAACCCUUUUAAACAAAUCUUUUAUUUCCGACUGAGAUACAUAUAUCAAGCAUGUAUUCUAUUAGUUCGACUUGAUGCAGCUGGGUUAGAAUAAUACUGAAGCUCGUAAUUGCUGAGUUUAAGAUAAUAAUUUUUAAAAGACAAAAAAGUUCUUUGCAAAAACACCCAAUCGACGACCGAUCGUUCCUUCGGCAUCCCGAAGAUAGCCAUUCUUUGGUGUUUUUGAACAUAUCGGACAUUAUAAAAGCUAGAGAGAUCAAUGCUUGCAGCUUUUCGUGAAACAUAUUUAUUUCCGUACUUGUACGUGCAUUAGAAAUUUUGUGUAAUCUCAAAAAAUGAAAAUAGAGUGAGCCAUUUCAGAAGCAGGCUAAUUUACUCUGCUCAUUAAAUACGAUAAUCCAUUACUGGCUUCAAUAGUUAACGAGAUCAUACGAACAGACGGAUGAACAUGGAGAUAUAUACGAAACCAUUUUAUCCGUUUGUAAUGGAUGAAGAGCAUCAGAAACAUAUUUUCUAUAGUGGUACAAAAACUGCUUCUUGAAUGCAUAAAAUAAAAUUUGUAAUUAAUAUAUUAA